CUGAUACAUUUUCAAAACCCCGAAAAAUAAGGAAAGAAUGGGUAAAAAUUUAGGCGUAAUAAAGAUUCAACUAAAGAAAAGCGUAAACUCGUUUGCUUUCAUUAAAUUUCACCUACCCUUACACCCUCUCGUAAAAACAACAAAGAAGAGGCUUAGAGAAUUUGGACACACCAAUAGUGUGUGGGUGUAUGUACAUACAUAUGCAUGUGUAGAAGGCCCGAUGUCGUCAACAAAUGGUUAACUCACCUGCCCAUGUUGGACUGAAAUGGGUAAAAACAUUCACGCGGACACAAAUAACUGUAUGUAGGUAUACAAACAGCAAUCAAAGUGUGAUUCGCCAGUGUAAUUGGCAUCCGAGAGCAGCAAACAGGCAGUCGUAAAUCGCAAGGCGUAAUUAACGGAAAGACGAUGAAAUAUACCCUCCCCUUAGUGCAGACAUCUAGGGCGAGAAGAAAACGCUUCUGCUGUAUAUGCCGAUGGCGCACAACAGGUACACCAUUGACGAGUCAAGGUAUUGACAUAGGCAGUAGCAAAUUAACCGCUGGCAUGGUUUCAUUGGCUUUUAACAAAAUACCGCUUUCGCGGCAACUGGAACUGUUUCUCAUGGCCAGCGUAUUUUAUUUCGACCACCCGUUGUACGGCACCGAGGCUGCCUCUAUGAAAUACAGUCAUGGUCCGCUGGUGUCAGCACUAAGUGCAAGCUCGCACGAUUAUGGCACGUCUACGAGUAAGGGAACUUCACAAUCGGGUGUUCUCGGGGUUGGUGUGGAUUCCUCCAAAGCCGGUAUUGGCACAUCAGUAAAUAGUGCAGCGGGGGCUGCAGCUGCUGCACUAGAUAGCUCAACAGACACCGGAGGCGAAGUUGUUGUUCCUAAAACGUUUCCCCUGAGCGCGCAAGAACCAACGUGUGAACAGUUACGAGCUAUGUGGAUCUUUUCAAAGAGACAAUCCAGAGCUGCGGAGAUUACGAACGAAAUACCGACAUAUCGCGAUCCCUUUGAAUAUAACAUUUGGGAGCCAUAUUAUUCGACCACCCGCAGUCUUGGUGGAGGGUAAG